ACAUGAGACGUGAUGUUCAAGCAAUUUUCAGGAAGACUCCUCAUAAUAAACAAGUUAUGAUGUUUAGUGCCACUCUUAGUAAAGAUAUUCGACCGAUAUGCAAAAAAUUUAUGCAGAAUCCUCUAGAAAUUUAUGUUGAUGACGAAACGAAGCUCACAUUACAUGGUCUUCAACAAUAUUUCCUCAAAUUGAAUGAAUCCGCAAAGAAUCGAAAAUUAAAUGAUCUCUUGGAUACACUCGAAUUUAAUCAAGUUUGCAUUUUCGUUAAAUCCGUUACGCGAGCAAACGAAUUGAAUAAAUUACUUUGUGAUUGUAAUUUUCCUAGUAUUUGUAUUCACGGUGGUAUGAGUCAAAGUGAUAGAAUUGCCAGAUAUAAGGCUUUUAAAGAUUUCCAGAAACGGAUAAUGGUUGCCACAGAUGUCUUUGGUCGUGGUAUUGAUAUCGAACGUGUAAAUAUCGUUGUCAAUUAUGAUAUGCCCGACGGUCCAGAUACAUAUUUACACAGGGUUGGUCGUGCCGGUAGAUUUGGUACUAAAGGUGCUGCUAUUACUUUUGUAUCAAAUGCUGAGGAUGCCGAAAUCUUAAACAAAGUUCAAGAGCGGUUUGAAUGA